AAUGGAGUCCGUGCUGGUGAGCUCUAUUAUCCGUAUAAAUAUGCAAGACUUCUCGGUUAGUAUUUGAAUACCCUUUCAUAAGUUUGGGUUCCGCAAAAUCACAACUCUUGAGCAAUGGUAAAAAUAAAUACGGUCCUGCUGGGCCUAGCCAUUCUAUGUCUAUUGACACCAGCCUAUACCCAAUCAAGUUGGUUAGGCGGCGGAAUAACAGGUCUCAUUGGUGGUGCCAUCAAUGGGACCAUUGGAACUGCUAGUGACCUGGUAGGUGCAGGAACCUCAGCUGCUACCAACUUGGUAGGAGCUGGUACUUCUGCUGCUACCAACCUUGUAGGAACUGGUACCUCAGCUGUCAGCAACUUGCUUGGUACUGGUACCUCAGCAGCUAGCAACCUAGUAGGAGCAGGUACCUCAGCAGUCGGUAAUCUAUUAGGAGCUGGUACCUCAGCUAUUACCGGCGGUUUGAGCACCGCCUUAUCAACCACCACCAACGGCCUAUCGUCUAUGAUCACUGGUGGGCUUAAUUUGGGCCAAUUCGUAACCUCUGGACUCACAGACGCGUUAUAUAAUGGCGUCUCAACAUUUUCCUCCCUUGCAGGAAGUGCCACUUCUAUACUUUACAAUGGUCUCUACAACUCCCUCAACAGCGGGUUAUCAUUCGUUUCUGAUGCUAUGUAUAGCGGUGCAAAUAUGCUUGCAAACGGAUUGUACACAGGAGCUGGUUUGAUGUUUAGCGCUUUAGGAAGUGGUGUUGUAAUGUUAGGCAAUGGAAUAAUAACUAUGAUAGAAUCGAGUCUUGCGUUGGGUCAGUGGAUAAGUGAAAGACUUACUCAUAUCAUUUCCGGAGUCAGUGGGCUCAUUUUUAGAUUUUUUACAACUAUUGCCGCUAAUACCACUGAAGCAAUGAUUGGCACUGCUGUGAGCAGUAUUGUGUUCACCUUCUCAACCACGGUUAGACACGUGGUAUACACUUUAUACAUUACUAUUAAGGAAGCAAUCAUUGCUCUAAUAAUAUUCAUAUACAACGAAAUUUCGGAAUUGGUGAUAUUUAUUUAUACUUACACCAGUAUGUUUAUGUCAUUCGUGUAUACUCAAAUUACCAAUUUCUUAUAUUGGUUGAGGUCCUUUUUACCAUUUUAAUUAAAACUAAUGGAAAUAAAGUGUCAAAUUGUUAAUUACUUAA